CAGCCCCGAGCCCGGCGCUGACUCCGGCUUCGCCUGCUCCCGCGCCCUGCACCGCAGCGCCCGCCGGGGCGCAGCAACUUCUGCUCUUGGUCCCCGCACUGCCCCUUCUUUUGGGCCAGGGCGACCGCCGCAGCCCUCACAGCGCAGACCCUCCCGAGUGCCCAGAAAGGCCUCCGGCUGGCCCUGCGCCUCCCCAACUACUGCUGGAUGGAGGCGCCCCAGGAAGGAGCCGGCUGAACGCCUCGGCCUUCACCUUCCAGCCCGUGCUGACCACACCUCCCCUAGUGCGGAGGCUGCCCUGAGGAGCAGGAAAUGCUGUACCAGCACAGCUGGCCACUCAGGAUCUCGGUGUGACUGCCAGGAUGGAACUGGGGCCAGCAACGCAGACCUUCGUGCUGGAGCUUCGGUGUCUUGAAGAUGGGGGCCCAGGGCCUGAUACCCUCUCAGGUGGCAGUGGUGGGAAUGAGAGUCAGGAGGAAGAAGAGGCUCAAGAGAGGAGCAGCAGCCCACCACAGCCAGCAAUCUCAACCCCCAAAGUGGCCAGUGACACUACCAAGGAAGCACAGCUGGGACAGCAGGAGUUGCGAAUGCAGGAACAGCAGCCAGAGCUGUACCAACAACCACAGCAGGAGCAGCUGCAACAGCAGCAGCCACAAAACCAGCUAGUAGAACAUCGCCCAGAAUUGCUGCAGCAGCAAGAUGGGCAAGAAAAGCUACUUCCACAACAACAGGAGCUACAGGAAAAUCAACAGCCCCUACAACAAAUGCAAUCAAAAUCACAACCUCAGCUGAUGCAACAGCAGGAACAGUUACAACCACAGCAGCAAUUGCAGCAGCAGAAACUGUUGCAGCAGGAGCAAUUACAGGAGAAACAGCUUCAGCCACAACAGCUGCAGCAAGAACAGUUACAGCAGCAACAGUUACAAAAACAGCAGCUAUUACAACAACAAGAACAAUUAAAGCAGCAGCUGCAUCAGGAACAGAUACAGAAACAGCAGGAACAGUUACAGGAGCAGCAGCUGCAGCAGCUACAACAGGAACAACUACAGCAAGAACAGUUACAGCAGCAGCAGCUACAGCAAGAACAGCUACAACAAAAGCAGCUACAGCAGGAACAGCUACAGCAGGAACAGUUACAGCAGCUGCAGCAGGAACAGUUGCAGCAGCAGCAGCUGCAGCAGGAACAGCUGCAGCAGCAGCAGCUGCAGCAGGAACAGCUGCAGCAGCAGCUACAGCAGGAACAGUUACAGCAAGCACAGUUACAGCAGCAGCAGCUACAGCAGGAACAGUUACAGCAAGCACAGUUACAGCAGCAGCAGCUACAGCAGGAACAGCAGCUACAACAGGCACAGUUACAGCAGCAACAGCAGCAAGAACAGCUACAGCAGCAACAGCAACAGAAGGAUCAGUCACAGCAGCAGCAGCAGCAACAACAGGAACAGUUGCAGCAACUGUUGCGGCAACAGCAACAAGAACAAUUACAGCAGCAUCUGCAGCAAGAACAGUUACAGCAGCAGCAACUAUUGCAACAACAGCAGCAAGAACAGUUACAGCAGCAGCUGUUGCAGCAGCAACAGUUACAGCAGCAGCAGCUGUUGCAGCAGGAGCAGUUACAGCAGCAGCUGUUGCAGCAGCAACAGUUACAACAGCAGCAGCUCUUGCAGCAGCAGCAGGAACAGUUACAGCAGCAGCUGUUGCAGCAGCAACAGUUACAGCAGCAACAGCUAUUGCAGCAACAGCAAGAAAAGUUGCAACAGCAGCAGCCAGAGGAGGAGGAAGAGGUGGAGCUGGAGCUCAUGCCAGUGGAUAUGGGGUCAGAGCAGGAACUGGAGCAGCAGCGGCUGGCGCUGGAGCGGCAACAGGAGCUAGAGAGACAACAGGAGCAGCGGCAGCUCCAGCUCAAACUUCAGGAGGAACUGCAGCAGCUGGAACAGCAGUUGGAGCAGCAGCAGCAGCAGCUGGAGCAGCAGCAGCUGGAGCAGCAAGAGGUGCAGCUGGAGCUGACCCCGGUGGAGCUGGGGGCCCAGCAGCAGGAGGUGCAACUGGAGCUCACCCCUGUGCAGCCCGAACUGCAGCUGGAGCUCGUGCCCGCCUCAGGAGGUGACGGGGCCUCGGUACCCGGGGCUCCGGCCACUGUUGUGGUGGCCCCACCGGGCUACGUGGUGGUGCAGGAGCUCAUGGUGCUCCCAGCCGUGACCACGCCUGCGGUGAUGGCCAUCCCAGGCCCCGCGGGCAGCGCGGCCCUGACGCCGGCCCGGCAGCGGCGGCGGCGACGUGCCCGGGACCGACCGACCAUCUGUGGGGAGUGUGGCAAGGGCUUCAGCCGCAGCACGGACCUGGUGCGGCACCAGGCCACGCACACGGGCGAGCGGCCGCACCGCUGCAGCGAGUGUGGCAAAGGCUUCUCCCAGCACUCCAACCUGGUGACGCACCAGCGCAUCCACACGGGCGAGAAGCCCUACGCCUGCUCCUACUGCUCCAAGCGCUUCAGCGAGAGCUCGGCGCUCGUGCAGCACCAGCGCACGCACACCGGCGAGCGGCCCUACGCCUGCGGCGACUGCGGCAAGCGCUUCAGCGUCUCCUCCAACCUGCUGCGCCACCGGCGCACGCACUCGGGCGAGCGGCCCUACGUCUGCGAGGACUGCGGCGAGCGCUUCCGCCACAAGGUGCAGAUCCGCCGCCACGAGCGCCAGCUGCACGGCGCCGGCCGCUCCCGGGGCCUGGGGCUGCUCCGCAGCACGCGCUCCGCCGGCGGGCCCCCGCGCGCCGAGCAGGCCCCGUGACCCAGGGCACUGAGCGGGGCAGAGCGCUGCCUCAGGGGAGACCUGCUAGGGAGGAUGUCUGGACCCCAUUCCGAGGUCUCUCCAGACACCCUGGAAUGCCGCUGGAAAAGACUUCCAGCCUCCUCCCGGAGGAACCGGGAACCCCAAAUUCCCCGUGGGAGCGCUUCGCGGAGGAAAGCCGGCGUGGCUGCAGCAGCACAUCCCUUGCACGGGCGCUAGAAACACUAGAAACGGCACGUGGUGAGAAUCUGGUUCUGGAGGCCGCGGGUGACAGGGCAGUCACCGCUUUCCCCGGGAAAACUGGACUCACUAGAAACUGAGAACCACAGAAGAAGACUGUGCUGACAGAUGUGCUAUACUGACAAGCAGUAGCAUCUGGCACGGAUCAAGCACCAGCCAGGGAAUCAAAUAUAUGUGGUAAGACACACAUCGAAAGGAUUUGAUCCUGGUGAAAAUUAUUUCAAGGAAAUAAAUUUAUCUGCACUAUGGAGAAAACUGAUCAAGGCAUUAAAUUGUCCUCAGUGGCAUUUGCCUUGAAAAUACUUUCUAGGAUGAAAAUUCAUCAGGAUGGAUGCUAUCCUGAUUAAAUAUUUGUGUUCAUAAACACAGAUCAGUUUCCAUGGGUCAAUGUGCAAAUGCUUCUGCUCUGCGUGGAAGGUACAACCUUCCCUCCAGGGCAGUCCCGGCACCCCCAACGUCUGAGGUAGGCGCUGGAUCUCUUGGCUGCCACGGUCCUUGUCCACAGCGGCCCCUUAAAGGUCCUCUUGAAUGGAAGCCUGUGGCUGAAGCGGAGGGCAUUUGGGGAGUGUUCGCCUUGGUUGGAAGGAGUGGCUCCUGAAAGAGUUGCCUGGCCGGGUCCUGCCCUCUCUGGGCUCCACCAGCUCAAGACUUCUCAGAUUGCCCAGGGGCCAGGCUCUGGGGCUGGAGUCUUAAAACCCAAGGGCAGGAUUCUGGGCCAUGCCAGGCAGGGGCUGGCCUGAGCAGACCUUCCUCACUGCAGGGGGUCAGAGGGAGAAUGCUGGGGUUGGGAGCAACAGAAAUGCUCUUUUUACCACGUUUACAGAAUCGCCUGGGGGUCCUUAAGAGCAGCAGCCAUCCCUGAGGCCCAUGGUGACACAGGGCACUAGAGGAGGCUGCCUGCCAUCUCUGGUCCCCAAAUGCUUCCUGCUCCAGCCUCCCCACGUGUGGCUGCUAACACCCUGCCCUCCCUGGUCCUCCUUUACUAACACAGCCUGCUACCUUGUAUCAGUGUGUUGGUAAGUGGGAAACUAAAAAUGAAAAAAUAAAUUAAAAUGAAGAAAUACAUGGUUCUGUGUUUUCUCCUCUGGGUUUUGUGGGACUUCAUUUCUAUGGAAUGUUUUCCUGGUUGCUCUACACACGAGGGACUGAUUUUCAGGCCCCUGUCCAGGGCUCCUCCACCCCAGGCCCUUCAUCCCAGCUUCAGGCCCUUGGCCCUCUGGGAGAGGUGGGGGCCAUAGCACGGAAGUCGAGGAGGCCAGUUUGGGCAUCUCCUAAGCACAAGCUUAGGGGCAGUUUGGCCCAACAGCACACUGGAGUUCUGUGAUGGUGGUUCGUGGGCCCUGGUCGGAUGGUCACUUGGAGGAAGUCAUGGGCAUGGGGGACCCUCCCAGCCCUGAGAGGCCUUGAUUCUAAGAUCCAAUCAGCCAGAUGUUCUCAGAUUCCUGUUUACCAACCAUUCUUGUGUCCUUCUGUCCUAUGUGGAGGGCACUGGGGCUGCUGGAGCCCCUGACCACUUGUGCAGAGACCUGGGUGCCCAAUGAUUGCCUCCCCCAUGGUGGCUCUCGGCCCUUGAGAGAAUGCUUUGGGAGGAACCUGCAAGCCAAGUUCUUCUGCUUGGGGGCUUGACAUCCAGACAGCUCAACGGCUUCAAUCACACCCUAGAGUGUGCUUGCAAGAGCCCUUUGAAGCACCCUCUGCAGGUUUUACUUGAGACUGCAU